GCGGUACUUUGCCGCUCUCUUGUCGCAGCGUCGCCCCAGAGCGCAUUCCAGUUACAGUGUGUUGUCAGCGGACCACAGAGGCUGCACAUUCCUCUGUAGGCGCGGUGGACUUUCCCGAGCUGCCGGUUGUUUCGUUGUGAGCUGGAGAAAUAAAAAAAAAAAGUUUUAAAAGUGUUUUAACUCCGUGUCAGCGUGAGAUAAUGACGCCGUCUGUGCGCUUCAGCCACGGUAGCUGAGGACAGAAGACACGGUGAGGAAUGGACCGCGAAAAGCAAUCACAGUCUCUACCUGCUCGUUUUCAGGGAGUGUGACAGACUGACUGGAGUUUCAUUUCAGUGGUUUUGGCCAUGGCCGGCUGCUGGCAGUGGUGCCACCGCACCUGCGUGUGCUGUCUGUCCGAGGAGGAGAAGAGGACCAUCGCUGUGGACAAAGAGAUCCAGAGGAUCCUCAAGCAGCAGAAGAAGAAGGAGAGAAGGGAAAUUAAAAUCCUCCUGCUGGGGACCGGGGAGAGCGGAAAAACCACCUUCAUCCGACAGAUGAGGAUCAUCCACGGGCGGGGCUUCUCAGAGGAGGAGAGGAAAGUCUUCGCCAAAUGUAUCUUUCAGAACAUUUUCACAGCCAUCAAGGCUAUGACCGGAGCCAUGACCACGCUCAGGAUCCCUUACGCCAACCCAGAGAACGAGAUGUUUGCCAAAUGGCUGCAGGAUGUAAACACAGUGCAAAUCACUCAGCUGGAACGGGGCUACGUCGAAGCCAUCCGGCGCCUCUGGGCUGACCCGGGCAUCCGGGUCUGUUACAGCCGCCGCUGCGAGUACCAACUCCUGGACUCCACAGAGUACUACAUGAGUAAUCUGGACCGCAUCUCCAGCCAAGAGUACAUCCCCACAGAGCAGGACGUGCUGCGAGUCCGAUUCCCAACCACGGGCAUCCACGACUAUUCCUUCACCAUCAAGACCAUCACGCUAAGGAUUGUGGACGUGGGCGGUCAGAAGUCGGAACGUCGGAAGUGGAUUCACUGCUUUGAAAACGUGACCUCCCUCAUUUUCCUGGCCUCCCUCAGCGAGUACGACCAGGUCCUGGAGGAGAGAGAGACCAUAAACCGAAUGCAUGAGAGUCUGGCUCUCUUCUAUACAACCAUCCAUUCCCCUUGGUUCCUCAACACCUCCAUCAUCCUCUUCCUCAACAAGACUGACAUCCUGGCUGACAAAAUCCAAACCUCUGACCUGCAGAAAUACUUCCCCGGCUUCACAGGUAAGAGGCAAGACCCCGAGGACGCCAAGAACUACAUCCGCAAGUUGUACGAGCAGCAGGCCAUCAACCGCGACAAGAGGGACGAGUGGAAGACUCUCUACCCACACUUCACCUGCGCCACUGACACCAGCAACAUCCGCCGGGUCUUUAGCGACGUCAAGGACACGGUGCUGCUCAAGUCUCUCAGGGACUACGGAGUCAUCUGAACUUUUACUCUGAGGUGCGAAGCAGGAGGAAAACGGGCGAAGGCUCUGACGAAGGCCACAAUGUCACUUCUUAGGAUUCUUUCUAAAGCCCCGGACGAUCACAUCUCCCUCUCCCUCCUACGCCUCCUCAUCAUCUCACCAUCAGGUCUUAAUGAGAAAGCAGGUGGAGAGAGAAGGGACGAGGCUGUACUCCUCUCUCGUCUCCACCGCUAUCACUAGCACACUCCCUCUGCUUCCUCUCAAGUAGAAAACAUGAAAACGUUUAGGGAGGACUCUACGGGGAGACGAAACAAGACUGCGUGACUUUUGAUCAGGGAGAGAGGAAACUGUAAUCACCCUCAUUUCCCUCAGCCAGCAGCCUUUCCCCCCAUUUUGAUUCUGUUUGUUUUUGCUGUUUUUUAAGAUGAAGAAGUGUUUGGGUCAUGCAGUGACUGAACUCAUCCAUAAUUGAAGCAGGAGCAGAGAUGCUAUGAAGUGUUGUGCUGCCAUUAACAGAGUAAUGACUUUUGCAAGUGGAGAUGGGGUCACACAUGGGGGCACACCACCAAUGUCACACACAUUGUAAAUGCUUUAUUUGGGUCUACCAGUUACAUACAUGUGUUGCACAUGCUUGCACACACUCCAACACAAACUUUAAAAGGACAAAAUGUUUCCAUUAAGCCCUGAAAAGGGCAAUACAUGAGUUCCAAGCUACUGCAGUCUUUAUUUUUAGACAUCCUGAACCAGGGGGAUUUUUUUCUCUGUGAUUAACGUCACCACAGAGUCUUUCUUUCACGAACACUAAGCUCCUGUCAGCGUAUCAAAAUACCUAUUGAUUCCAGUUAUCUCACACUGGCAAUAAUUCUUACAUAUUAUCUGUGUUCAACACAUCUGUUCUGCACCGUCUCUAUCAAUUAUCAUGAGCUGAACGAUCACACAACCAGUCCACUGUCAUAACAGUAGUGUUAUUACAUCCUUUCAUUCACCUCCAGACUGUUCACACACACCUCACACUCUUUCUGUGUCAAAUGGUUUAUUACAUGUGGAUAAACUACAGGCUGUGAGUUCAAAAACAGAGGAACACAACAGGAGAGUGGAUGUUUAUUGGAGCUGUAAAUGGCUUCACAACCACCACAAGCAAUAAGUCACAAAAAAUAAAAAACUGAAUCGUGGAUGAGAGGGAAGUUCAUAUAGUUUAAAAAUAUAGAGACAAAAUGCUUCAGCAAAUGGAUAUCUCUAGCUUCUUUUCAAGAGGUUUCCACUGCACAGUUUCUUCCUUUUUUGAAUUAAUUUCCUCCCUCUAACUAAUGAAUUAGCAUUUCUUAGCCAAACACCAAUUAAAGUGUACAGUGAAGCAGCUGAGCACCAGGAAAAGAGGCAGAUAUGAUGUUUUUUGGUAGUUUGGUGAUUAGGAUGAUCCAACUGUUGUCGGCAUUCAUCUGUUUUGCUGAAGUGCUCAUAUGCGAGACACUGAGUCCCAAUCUGUUGCACUGGUGCUUCCAUUUGUCUCCACAAAGUUUUAAGAAAAACUUUAUUGGAUGCACAGUAAAAAAUCCGUUAGUUGUUCAUCAUUGUUGUCUUACUGAUCAGAACAAGGAAAAAGGACUAAAAUGCUGCAAAAAAAGUUGAGUCUUUCAGGUCACUGUGUUGGUUUUCUGGCUUGCAAAUUGCAAUAUUUCGGUUAACUCUCUCCGUUCUCAUCAGAGUCAUUUCCACAUGUUACAAGCACUGGACACAACCAAUCCAGUGCCAAACGUGAGACAGACACAGUUCGAGACUAGCUGGUGAACACUGUGGAGCAUUCAGCAGCUAAAGAACCGGAUAUUUCCCUCAUGAAUUGGUAGAAACCAAAAACAGAGCUAAUAAGAGAGUGAAUAUUAGGCUUACAUUCAUCAGGUGGUCAGAAACACAACUCCAGAUGAAUGACAACUUUGCUCAGCAUCUGCUGGUUGUGUAUACAUAUCAACUUAAAAGGUGAUGAUAUGUCAAUACGUUGUCUAGAGCUUGUUUCCAUUGUCUUUAAGUGGCCAAGAAGAUCUGUUGAAGUGGGUUUAAGUGCUUAAAUAUCUGUUUUUCAGUGUGUCAGAAACACAACUGGUCAUAGCCUCAGAGAUGUGGCUGUUAAGUAGUUUUCAACACCCAGUCUCCGUGCAGCAGUAAAGUCAACAGCAACCUCUUGACAGUACAACUCUCAGUUUUGGAACAGCUGAUUUUAAAAGUCUUAGUCUGAACCUCUGAGCUGAGUCACAGACAUAGUUCAGAUGAUCCUGCACUAAUUUCCUACUCGCCUCUGUUCAAUACUCUUGCCAGCUCAAUGGACAAUUAGUGCUCUUCAUUAAAAUCAAUUCCUUAAAUUCAAGCACAAAUCACACUUGGCGGCUGACAAGUUUUAAAAGGUCACGAAUGAAGAAACUGAGGCUGCGAGAGAACAGCUCGAUUCACACUGCCAGUUCAAUCAACAGUGGUGGGGGGAAAAAAGAUCCAACAGGCGAUCUGCUCUGCUGGGUAAAGGGUGAAGAAUAUUAAUAUGAGGUGGCAGUGUGAUCUUCUUAUGUGUCCUAUUUAUAUCAGUGUGUGGAGAGGGGAAUUUUAUAAUAUUGAUCAGGACCGUGAGUUCUACCCUCAUGUGUGUUGAGUGUGUGUUGAGUGGAAUUCAGUUAAUUAACUGACCUUGAUGGGAAGCUAACAUUAGCUCAUAUUGUGUCUGUUGUGUGGUUUCAGCUGCUGUUUUGUUAAUUGUAUGUAACGUGUUUUGAUCUCUACACUUAAUGUAUUCAGAUGUGGUAGCUACAUUGUUAAAUCUUGAUGAUGCCUUCAAAUACAAAUGUAUAAUUUUACUGUUUACUCGUUUGCUUAUGACUACUAUACUUUUGA